GAAAAAUAUCUGACCUAUCCGGGUCGCACUAUAUAUAUGCCUCAAAACCCUUCUUCUCCACAUUUCUCUGGCUCUCACUCAAUCUUUCUCCCACAACAUCCCAAAAAAGAAGCACUAAAUCAGUAACUGUACUUUAGUUUUUUCUCUUAAAAUCAAAGUUUUGUUAUUUUUAAUUUUAAUUUUUGAGGAAAAAUAAGAUUAGGGUUUUGUUAAAGCCGAAUGGCGGAGGAAGAGGUCGUUGUGGCUCCGGCGGCGUCGGAUCUCAAACGAAAGCUUAACGAUUUCGACGCCGAAGCCCAGGAACCCUCCCAGCCAACCCCCAACCCCGCUGCUGUCGAGGGUGAUGCCGAUGGUGACGUGGCGGAAGCUGAUGAAUCAGAGCCGAAGCGCCCGAGACUCGACGAGGAUAAUGAAAAAGCUGAUAGGAUAGCUAGUGUUAAUGGAUUACAAGAAAGAAUGUUGGAUGAGGCUGGGGAUACUGAGAACUUAGCCAAGGAUUCUGCUAAAGAGGAGAUGCAAGAAACUGUGGAAGUUAAGACGGAACUGGUGUCAUCUGUUGAAGAGCAGGUUUCAGGUGACAAUGAGCAAAUCUCUGUUAAAGAGGAAACUAAAGAAGUAUUGAUUAGUGUUAAAGGGGAAACAGAAGAAGCCUCUGUUACUGUUAAAGAUGAAACCAAAGAAGUCACUGUUGAAGGGGAAGAAAGUAUAGAGCCCUCUGAUGAGGGACCUCAGCGAGAGAGUGAUAAUUCUAAGGUUGAUGAGCAAGCCUUAAAUGAUGGUUCAACUGUGACUCGCAGAAUAGAGGUCCCUAAUAACAAGGUUGGAGUUCUUAUUGGCAAGGCUGGGGAUACCAUACGGUACCUGCAGUACAAUUCGGGUGCAAAAAUUCAAAUUACAAGGGAUGCUGAAGCAGACCCCUAUUCUGCUACAAGACCUGUGGAAUUAGUUGGGACUUUAAGUAAUAUAAACAAGGCUGAGAAGCUUAUCAGUGCUGUCAUAGCGGAGGCUGAUGCAGGGGGUUCACCUUCCCUUGUAGCAAGGGGUCUUGCUACUGCACAGGCUGCUGGGAUUGGAGAACAAGUUGAGAUAAAAGUUCCAAAUGAGAAGGUUGGUUUAAUCAUUGGUAGAGGUGGAGAAACUAUAAAAGGUCUGCAGACCAGAUCUGGGGCACGAAUCCAGGUACUGAUACCUCAACAUCUUCCUGAAGGAGAUGGUUCCAAAGAGAGGACAGUGCGAGUUACUGGUGAUAUGAGACAGAUUGAGAUAGCUCAAGAAAUGAUUAAGGAUGUUUUAAAUCAGACUGUGAGGCCAUCACCUCUCUCUGGUGGUUUUAAUCAGCAAGCCUAUCGACCUCGUGGACCCUCUGGUCCACCUCAAUGGGGUCCACGGGGUUCUCACCCAUCACAGCCAAUGGGAUAUGACUAUCAACAACGGGGACCUUAUCCAUCCCAGAAUUCUCAGUAUCCACCUCCAACAUAUGGUGGUUACCCUUCUCAGCAAAUGGGUCCAAGAAGUAAUUUUGGUGGCCCUCCCAGUAUGCAUGGCCCUCCACAUGGUGCUGCCGGUGGUUAUGAUUACUUUGGUGGGCAAGGGGGCCAUGAUCACCCAGGCUCUGUUGCACAUUCAACUCCCAAUCAUGGGCAUGGUCCUGGCCCUACCCCAGUUUCAGCAGGAGGUCCACCUCCAUCCCAGGCAAAUUACAACUAUGGGCAGCCACAGCCACAUGGUCACGAUUAUGGGCAUCAACCUCCCUAUGCCCAGACAGCUCCUCAGCAGGGUUAUGGACAUGGAUACAAUGAAGUGAAGUAUGAUAAUCAUGCUCAAAUGCAGCAUCCAUACGGAGGACAUGGAAACUCUCAGGCAGUUUACUCGCAGGGUAGCAUGCAACCAGGUUAUCCUCAACAACAGCAGUAUGGUAAGCCACCAUCAUAUAACAUGCCUCCACAGGGACAACCACAACAAUCUUAUGGUCCUCCCCGGCCAGGUCAAGCAGGAGAUAUGCCUUACCAAGGUUCAGUUCCAUCAGCCCAAUCAUAUGGUGCUAAUGUGCCACAUCAACAGCAAUAUCCGUAUGCAACAAGCGGAGCUAUGCAGCAAUGCUAUCCUGCAUAUGGUGGUGCACCAGCUGCUGAGGGUUACAAUAUGCAAGCAGCUGCAUCUGGUUCAGGCUAUCCUCAACAAGGUGGGCAGUCUGUUUCCAGUUACACUCAGCUGCCUAGUGGGCAGCAAGCUGCUGGCUAUGGGCAAGUUGCUGCUACUGGUGGUUAUGCCUACACCAAUUCACAACAAGGUUAUUCUGAACAGCCAGCUACUACCAAUGCAAGUUAUGGUUAUCAAGGGACUCAAGAUCCUAAUUAUGGAGGUAGUGGUCCUGCUUCAGCGUAUGCUGCACCAGCAAGCGGUCAGCAAUCUUAUGCACAACCAGCAGCAGCUCAACCUAGCUAUGAUCAGGCUGCUGCACAGCCAGCUUCAUAUGGGGUUGCUCAAGGGAGUGCACCAGUUGGUUAUGGUAAAACCGUGUCACCGCAGCCUGGUUAUCCACAAUAUGACACUACCCAGGUGUAUGCUGCACCUCGUUGAAAAAUCUUCUUGUAGCUUGUCUUUGAUUAGUUAGCUGUAGCUUCAGCUAGGACUACUGCUUUGAAUGCUGAUAUGAGUUUCAGUUUUUAGAUUGUCACUUUCAGGUAGUGUCUGGAAAUGAUAGAUCUCUUACAUUACAUGGUGCUAAUAUUUGUUGAGAAUGUUGUUACGCUACUUUUCUUAUGUAUCCUCUGGAUUAUAUGAUCUCAAUGACUCAAUGCUAUAUUUUUUCCUUCA